CAAUGCGCCGUGUUUCCCGACCGUGUCAUCCAUCCAAGAACCAAGCUGCGGAGUUGCCUACUUAAAUCCCAGAGUCGCCCUUUCUUUUUGUCAUUCGAGCUCUGGUCCCUAAAAAGUCCAUUCACAAGGAUAUAGUGGACUUUCAUCAACCGCAACAUAACUCAAAUUAUUUAUCCGCAACUAGUCGCACCCUCAAGAUGUCCGCUGAACAAAGCGCCGCAGUUCCUUCAAACGUCAACGGCAAAGCUCCUGCCCACCCGCAUCACAACCCCGACCAUCCUCUUGUCGAGGUUCAGCCCCCGCGCUUGUCUGAUUUGCAGCCAAAAUACGCCUCGGUGAUCCAGCACGACGACAGCAGCCCCGAAGCGCACGGGUGGUACGCCUCGUUCAAGCACAGCAUCGGAGAAUGUGUCGGAGGGCUGGGAAUUAUCCCCUGCUGCCCUUGCCCGAACCCCUACAGGCCCGUCCAGCAAGGUGAAGUCGGAUUGGUGACGCGUUUCGGCCGAUUUGAACGCGCUGUGGACCCUGGUCUUGUCAAGGUUAACCCUCUUAGUGAGCGACUCGUCACAAUCGACGUCAAGAUCCAGAUUGUCGAAGUGCCUCGCCAGAUCUGUAUGACCAAGGACAACGUGACCCUGAAUUUGACCUCCGUCAUCUACUACCAAGUCGUCUCUCCUCACAAGUCCGCAUUCGGUAUUUCCAACAUUCGCCAGGCGCUCGUGGAGCGUACCCAGACUACACUGCGCCAUGUCAUCGGUGCGCGCGUCCUCCAGGAUGUGAUCGAACGCCGUGAGGAGAUCGCCCAGUCAACAUCCGAGAUCAUCGAGGAAGUGGCUGCAGGCUGGGGUGUCAACGUUGAGUCCAUGCUUAUCAAGGACAUCAUCUUCAGCGAUGACCUCCAGGAUUCUCUGUCCAUGGCCGCCCAGUCCAAGCGUAUCGGUGAGAGUAAGGUUAUUGCUGCUCGCGCCGAAGUCGAGUCUGCCAAGCUUAUGCGCCAGGCUGCCGAUAUUCUUUCUUCUGCUCCCGCUAUGCAGAUCCGAUACCUUGAGGCGAUGCAAGCCAUGGCUAAGACGGCGAACAGCAAGGUCAUCUUCCUUCCCGCGACAAACCAGACUGUGCAGCAGCAACUGGCAACUGCCGAAAACGCCGGCGAAGGACCCAGCCGUCAUGCCCCACAACAAAAUGAUGGGUUCCAAGAUGGAUUCCAGCACGCGAUCAACGCCCGCGUGGUGGAGGACAUCUAAACGCGACGCUCCGGCGCUUGUAUAAGUGGGUAUGAAUAACGGCAAUAAUUUGGAACGCCUUUAAUAUGUUUGGCCCAUGAUAUCCUGUCUUUGUUUUUGGUUGAACUACGAUACCCGCCUUCUUUUGACGUGAUGUGUAUUAAUUAUUUUCAUGAAAUCGCGGCAUUCUCCGUAGCCGUCAAAACGUACAUAUGUCUAGUAAAUGCGCUCGUCAUUGAGGAAUACAUCCUUAACAAUAAUAGUAAAGUGAAAUAAAGAUAAUGAGUUAACAAUAUAUUGAGCGAGAAAGCAAAUGUAGUAAAGGCG